GUGGAGAACCCAGACGACAACUUCCGGUUUCUUGUUCGUUUCGUUUCCUACAAGUCGAGUUUUGUAAUGCCUGUUGUGUUUGAAUCAUAUGAAUGCACGAAAUAAGAGAAUGGACGUAAUUAGAAAAAUAUUGGAGAUCAGAAAUUUAUGGAGAAAUACAAAAUAUCAGAUGACAUUGGCAUAAUGAUCAUUUCUCCAUCCAGGCCCUUCAGCAAUAUUGAAUUGUCUUUUAAAAACUAAAGGAACGUGUUAUACAAACCAGAUAUAAUGUUGUUUCUAUGAAUCUAUGGUGAAUUAUUGUGGAAUAUUUCAUCUGAACUGAGGUGAACAGCUACAUUUCUCUAUUUUACUGUCUAGAUUGUGUGCAAGAUGAAUUUGUAUAUUAAAUAAACUUGAAUAAAAUUGCAAAGGAGUUUGCUGUUCUUCAGCUGUCAGUGAAGAUCAUAUUUAGUAAAAAAAAAUAUAACUGGGAAAUAAUUGAAACAGAUAUAAUAUCAGAACAAAAACAAGAAAACUAUGUGUAUAUUGAGGUGAGAGAAGAAAGAUGAAAGAAAAUUAAUUGAUGUGAAAGACUUAAAAAGGGUUGAUUUUAAUUGAAGAGAUGCUGAAAAUGACAGAAAAGUCAUAUCUGUGUGACAUCUGCGGUAAAUCAUUCUCUCAAAAAGGGAACUUAAACAUCCAUAAAAGUAUUCAUACAGGAGAGAAGGCAUAUCACUGUGACAUUUGUGGUAAAUCUUUCUCUCAAAAGGUUUAUCUCACUAUUCACAAACGCAUUCAUACUGGAGAGAAGCCAUAUCGCUGUGCUAUCUGUGGGGAGUCAUUCUCUCAAAAUUAUCACUUGACAACUCACAAAUACAUUCAUACAGGGGAAAAACCAAAUCACUGUGACAUCUGCGGUAAAUCUUUUUCUCUAAAACAGCACUUAACUAAACACAAACGUAAUCAUACUGGGGAGAAACCAUAUCACUGUGAUAUUUGUGGUAAAUCAUUCACUGAAAAUGGUGUUUUAACUAAGCACAAACGAAUUCAUACAGGAGAGAAACCAUAUCACUGUGAUAUCUGUGGGGAUUCAUUCUCACAAAAUGGUUUUUUAACUAGACACAAACGUAUUCACACUGGAGACAAACCAUUUCAUUGUGAUAUUUGUGGCAAAUCAUUCUCUGAAAAUGGUGGUUUAACUAUACACAAGCGCAUUCACACAGGUGAGAAACCAUAUCAUUGUGAUAUCUGUAGUAAAUCAUUCUCCCAAAGUUAUAACUUAACUGCUCACAAACGCAUUCAUACAGGAGAGAAACCAUACCAUUGUGAUAUCUGUGGUAAAUCCUUCUCUGAAAAUGGUGGCUUAACUAAACACCAGCGCAUUCAUACAGGAGAGAAACCUUACUGUUGUAAUGUCUGUGGUAAAUCAUUCUCUGAAACUGGCCACUUAACCAGACACAAACGUAUCCAUACAGGAGAGAAGCCGUAUCGCUGUGACAUCUGUGGUAAAUCAUUCUCUCAGGUAGCCAAUCUUAAUACUCACAAACGGAUUCAUACAGGUGAGAAGCCAUACCAGUGUGAUAUUUGUGGGGAGUCAUUCUCUCAAAAUCAUCACUUGACAAUUCACAAAUACAUCCAUACAGGGGAAGAAACCAAAUCACUGUGAAAUAUGUGGCAAAUCUUUUCUUUGACUUUUGUUUUUCUGUAAAUUUCAACUAUAUAUAUAUAGGCAUAUAUUGAAUGUAUUUUGUGUUAAAAUAGGUGCAAGUGUGGUUAUGUAGUUAAGAAGCUUACUUUCAAACCAUGUGGUUUGGGGUUCAAAUCCACUGAAUGGCACUUUUUUUU